AUGCCAUCUGUGAUAAAAAACCAAGGGGAAGAAGUCAAAGAACUCUUGAUCGAGCGCCGUAUGAAGUGGCUUUCCGCCAUUAGCAGAGUAGGAUUGACGGAAGAUAUUCUUAAGAACGACAGAGUUUGUAGCUGUCAUUUUGUCUCUGGAUGUCCAGCAGCCAAUUGGGACAAGUAUAAUGUCCACUGGGUCCCUUCUCUACACCUAGGACACGAUAAGAAAGGAAAAAUGGAUCUUGAACUGCAGGCUGCUCGGUCUGAUCGAGUGAAGACGCGAAGAAAGCGAAGACAUGAACAGGCUUUGACUGAGACAGCUGCCAAAGUACAGCUACUUGAUGUUGAUGGUAAGAUGGUAAAGGAACUCAUUUUUGACAAUUCUUCAUCAGAUAUUCGUAAUGAGACAAGUGUUGGUAACAAACAAGACGUUGAUUUUGGGGAUUUGGAUGAAGUUUCAUCACAGUUCAAUAAACUGACAUUAAAAGAUGCAACCUCACAGACAGAGAGCGAGACUAAAAACUCGACAACCCAGACUGAGGAAUAUGAUUAUAUGUUUGAGAAUGUUAAAAAAGCUACUUUCGACCUUGAAGACAUGCAGGAUGAUGACAAAGUACAUAUUUAUACCGGCCUGCCUACAUUUCAUGUUCUCAAUUGCCUAUAUUAUGAACACAUGUGCAUUUAUAUAACCAGAAAGUCACUCACCCUCACGAAAUUUCAAAUUCUUAUGAUAGUUUUGUUAAAGUUAAGGCUUGAUGUGCCUUUUCAAGACCUGGCAUACUGA